GGGAGGAGGAGCCCAGGGUCCAGCGCGGCCCGGGCUGCAAGAGCGAAGCGCAGUCGGCCCUUGUUUCCCAGCAAGGAGCGCUGAGCAGUCAGCGCCCUCCGACCUGGCGGGGGUCGCAGGCUUGGGUCUCGGCCCGUAGCCGGUCUCAGGCGCUCUUCCUCUCUAGCCAUCUGCAAUCGGAGCGGAAGGGGCGGGGACGCCAGCGACACCAAGAAGUGCUUGGUCCAGGGUCCGCGGCCCCAGGAAAGUAGAGGCGCCUUCUCUCUGCGCAGACGCACCGCCCAGGCAGAGGGCGGGGCCUGAACGUGUCGGGGGCGGCAGCGCCAGACAUUGGCCCCGCCUCCACUAAGUAGCUCCUAGGAGCCGCCGAGUGCGCGGUACCCCGGCUAUUCUGGGGGCUUCAGUCAGAAGCGCCGCCCAAGAGACCCUGGGCCGGCGCCGGGCACAGCUGCCUCUCCGCGUCUGCCUGUCCGUCUUUGUGUCUGUCUCUGUGUCUGUCUGGCUGUGUCCGAGCUUGCCUCCACCUCCAGAACUAGAUCGCCCGGACACCGCCAUCUCCGCCCCUUUCCCAUGGCAGGCUACUUGCCCCCCAAAGGCUACGCCCCUUCGCCCCCGCCUCCCUACCCUGUGACCGCUGGGUACCAGGAGCCGGCCCUGCAUGCUGGGCCCGGACAGGCGCCAGUGCCUGCCCACGUGCCUGCCCCUGCCCCCGGCUUUGCCCUCUACCCCUCGCCCGGCCCGGUGGCCCCUGGGCCUGCUGUCCCCAUCUUGCCGCUGCCGGGGGUGCCUUCUGGCCUCGAAUUCCUGGUGCAGAUUGAUCAGAUCCUGAUUCACCAGAAAACCGAGCGAGUGGAGACGUUUCUAGGCUGGGAGACGUGUAACCGGUAUGAACUGCGCUCGGGGGCCGGGCAGCCCCUGGGUCAGGCGGCCGAGGAGAGCAACUGCUGCGCCCGUCUGUGCUGUGGCGCCCGCCGGCCAUGGAAGUACAGGCUCCACCAGGCACCACCAUUGGCCACGUGCUACAGACCUGGCAUCCCUUCCUCCCCAAGUUCUCCAUCCAGGAUGCCGACCGCCAGACAGUCCUGCGAGUGGUGGGGCCCUGCUGGACCUGUGGCUGUGGUACAGAUACCAACUUUGAGGUGAAGACUAAGGAUGAGUCCCGCAGCGUGGGUCGCAUCAGCAAGCAAUGGGGCGGCCUGCUCCGAGAAGCCCUCACAGAUGCAGACGACUUUGGCCUCCAGUUCCCGCUGGAUCUGGAUGUGAGGGUGAAGGCUGUGCUGCUGGGAGCCACAUUCCUCAUUGAUUACAUGUUCUUCGAGAAGCGAGGAGGCUCUGGGCCCUCUGCCAUCACCAGUUAGAGGCCACCUCAGGGCGAGGAGACCAUCACCUCAACCAGAACUCAAGAUGGUCGUCUGCCCUGGCCUGGCCUCUCCUUAGAGGCCACCCCUUCCCUCCACGUACACUACAGGGGACAGACAGGUGCCUGGGAGGCUGGAGGCCUAGUGCCCCACCCUCCUCCACUCCCCUGGCCUUUCUCCUAUGGCCCCCACAGAAGGGUAUGUAUGAGAGCCCUUCCCCUGCUGCCUCCCACCACUGUCCCAGCUGUCCCUGCACACACAGGCAUAUUGGCUUUCCAUCCCCCACCCCCAACUCCUUCCCACCCCCUUCCUGGGCAGAGGCGGCUUUUGGAAUCCAGGACUCUGGCAUUUCGUGAGACAGGGCUGGGGUGGGGAAGGGCGAGCAGCACCAAAGAUGGCAGAUGUGGCCACCCUUCCCCGCAUCAGCUUGGCCAGUGAGUUCAGCCUCAGUCCAUGGCAUUUGGAGGAGAUUCUACCUCCCAUCAAUGGCCGUGAGGGCUGGGUCCCAGUGCCAACUUCCUGUCCCCCGUGGGCCCUGCCCAAGCUGGUGCUUGCUGCAGCUUCCUGUGCCUUAUUUAAUCCCCCUUCCUUCCCUUGGCCUAGGAAGGAGGCUGCGUGUUUGUAUGUUAUAUUCACAUAAAGUUUGUAACAUUUUGGA